UUAAACGCGUUGAAGGAGCCUAACAACAGGUGGUUGGUUGAUUUCGUUGUUUAAAAGGUUUCCUUUUUUUUUUUUGUUAAUAAGAAUUUUUGCGUAAGAAUUUUUAAUUAACAAAAUUAAAUGAAAAAAGUGCAUAAAAUUUAAGGAAAUCCAAGGCCAGCUUUUGUUAAUUUCAAACGCCCCAAUACAACAAUUUACACACUCACUCUCCCAUACACAGCGGAAGUGAAAAGUGAAAUAGCAACAAAAAAAAGCGAAAAAAUACCACAAAGUGACAAACAUUGACCGAGCAAGCGCCUUAACUCGAUCAAUUUGUUAAAAUUAUUGCUAAAAAAAACAAAAAUGUUUAAGAAGUAGAAGCUAGAAAAAAUUAAAUUUAAUUUUUUCUACAAUUUCAAAGUGUACGAGUCUAGAAAGUGAAUAAAUAUAUAAAUUUAUUUGUUUUGCAACAAAGUAUUUUAUUACCAAAGUUAAUUUUUACGUGCCAAAUUAUAACUCACAAAUAUUGCCAACAAUUAAUAGCAACUAAUUCGCCAAUAUGAAACCUCAACCGAAAAAAGUUGCUCCCGAUGGUGGCUGGGGAUGGGUGGCUUGUUUUGGUGUCAGUUUAGUCAAUUUGGCCACACGUUCAAUAGAGCCCUCGUUUGGUCUAUUGUUCGGUGAUUUAUUACGUGAUCUCGAUGUGGGUACCACUGGUGCAGCUGUGAUUAUUAGUACCUUAGAUGUAUGUAUGAAUUUUUCGGGGCUCUUUGUAGGGCCCUUGCUAAAAGAGUUUUCCUAUCGCAAAGUAGCCAUUGCCGGAUCAUUGCUAUGCGCUCUGGGUUUGGCCUGUACGAGUCCGGCGUCCAGCAUGGCUCAUAUUAUUGGAACGUAUGGUGUUAUAAAUGGCAUUGGCGUGGGUCUAGCAACUUCUGCGGCGUUUGUGGCGUUAAAUCAUUAUUUUAAAUAUAAACGUGGUCAGGCUGUGGGAUUGUCGAUGGCUGGUACUGCCAUAGGUAUGUUGAUUAUGCCCCAGCUGGUAAGAGUUCUAUUGGAAGCUUUUGGUUUUCGUGGAGCUGUAUUAUUAUUAGCUGGCGUGGCCCUGAACGCCACGGUGGGUUCUGUGUUACUACAGCCUGCCAAAUGGCACAUGAUAGAUGAAAAAAUCGAUGAAGAAAUGAUGGUCAUCGCAGCUACAGCCCCGCCAGAAUUUAAAGUUAUCCAAGAGGACGGCACCGAAGAAGAUGCUCUACCCGAAAUGAAUACUUUGCUCUUCCACAAACACAAUCACCAGCAGCAACAAAUGCGAAAGAAUUUCUCCGAAAUGAAUAUGAACACUAUGGUGGGAUCUAGACUGGGUCUGCCCAAGAGACCAACAUUCCCCCGCAUCAUGUCUUUGGCUGGCGUCCAAUCAGCUGCUAACGGUUAUGCCUCAAACAGCGAUGUUAACAUGACCUUAAGAAAUCGCAAACAAUCGGUCACUUCCAACUUAUCCUAUAUGGAUUUUACUGGUUCCAUUUUACAAGUUCACAUGAAUGUGGGUGACGAUGAGUUCGAACAGAACGAUCGUGAGCUCAAGAGAGUCAGUACGGCGACGGGAGCUUUUGGUAAUGCCCAUCGUGAUUCAUUUAUUAAAAUGAAACCUACUGAACUGGAAAAAGACAAUGAAAUUGCUGAAAAGACAGCUAACAAGAAACCUGGCUUUUGGACAAGAUUUGCUGAUCUUAUGGAUGUGGAUUUGCUGAAAGAUAAAAUGUUCCUUAAUAUACUAUUUGGCUUGUCCAUAUUUUAUGUGGCCGAAAUGAAUUUCAAAAUGGUUACACCCUUUUUCUUUGCCAAUUUGGGUUAUAACAAAGCAGAUGUGGCCUAUUGUUUGUCAAUAACAGCUAUUACAGAUAUUGCUGCGCGUAUCGUGUUGCCGCCCAUAUUCGAUCGUACGAAUAUUAAAAAACGUACCGUUUUUUUGGUGUCCAUUAUAUUUGUCGCCAUAACAAGAUCAAUUAUGGCCGAACAAACAGAAUGGAAUCAACUAAUGAUAUGGCUGUCAAUCUGUGGUUUCUUCAGAGGUUCAGCACUCAGUAAUUUUACACUUACAGUUUCUGAGUACUGUUCUCUGGAGAAAUUACCUUCAGCCUUUGGUUGGCAUUUAGUAGGUAAAGCUGUAUUUGUUAUAUGUUUUGGUCCCCUAAUUGGACUGAUACGUGAUAUCACCGAUAGUUAUCCAAUUUGUAUUCAUGCUCAAAGCGUUUGUAUUCUAUUGUGUGGUUUGGCCUGGACCAUUGAGUAUUUCAUUGAAUACUUGCAACUGAGAAAGACUAAAAAAGCUGCAGCAGCCGAAGCCGCUGCGAUAACGUCAGAUAAUAAUGCUCCAGAUAAUAGUAGCAAACAAUAGUAGAUUUAGUUUUGAACUUUAUUUUAUAAAUUAAUAUUGUAAUAAUAAUAAUAAUGUACGUUAGACCAAUUUCUAAUUUUUAUAUUAAUAUUUAUAUCUAUAAAUAUGUACAAUAAUACAUUUACAUAAAUAUAUAUUAUCUAUAUACAUUGUUUAUUCCUAUAAACAAAACAAAAACUAUAUAUAAAAAUGACAACUACUUUAAUUUUCAAAAGGCAAAUAACUUAUUUUCGAUUCAUUUAUUAUUGAAUUAUUCUUUAAAUGUAUUUGUAUUUAUGUACGUACUAUUAUGUUUUAAGUUGUAAGUAUAUAGCUAGCUACUAAUAAAUUUACAAACAAAAAAAAAUAAAAAUUUAAACGAACUUGUAUGUGAUAGUUCAAAAUUUUAAUUAGUUUAAGUAUAGAGCAUAUUAACAUAUACAUAAAUAUUUAUAUUUAUAUUACAUUUACAAAACUGUUAAUUAAAACCUAAUAUUAUUAAUAUUUCUAUACAUACAUAUAUUUACAUCUGAAAUAAGUUUUUAUUCUGAUAUUAAGUAAAAUAGGUAUCUUAUUUGUGAAAUUAAUUUAAUACGGAAUGUCACUUUCAAACAUUAAGUUUGAAGUCUGUGACAUGCCUGCAUGUGUUUAUGUUUGACUAACAUUCACAUAUACUUUUUGUUGGAUAUUUUAUUAUUUUCUACGAAUAUUUGUACUAAUUAUUAUCUAAUAAAAACAUUCGCCAGUACUUGUACUUAUAUAAAAACUUAAUUUAGUAUUUGGACUACUACAAAAUCCUUAUGUUUAGUUGUUUAGUUACCAUUUAAUUUAAACUUAAUCUAAGCUAGAGUUUAGUAUUUUUUUUAAGAACCAUCUAGGCAAUAACUUAAUAAAUGUUAAAACAAAAAUUAAACGAAAUAAGGAACGGUAUUUAUAACAAACAAAAUAUUAACUAUUGAAACUUGGACGUUAAAACGACAAUACAUGUAAUUAUGAAGCCUUAAGCCAACGUCUAUAUAACAUAUUUAAAUAAAUAAAAAUAUGUGUCUUAAACAAUAUUGAUGUACAAUUGAUACUACACCUAUUAAGCUAAAAAAUAUAUAAGUAUAUUUAAUAAAAAAUAUAUACAAAGAAAAAAAUAAAUUCAAAAACAUAAAA